UUUUGCGUUUUCGGAGGAGUGGCCCGUCCAUUGCAUCAUCGUCUGACAAUGUCCGCCACCGGCACAAAGCUCACAUCCUUUCUCGGGCUGUAGCAGCAGCGGUCAUAGCAGAAGGGAACGCAAGAGGACGGCGAGUAAUCCAGAUCUGUGAGCAGUUGUCCAGGUUAACGAUACGAGGAAGUCGUUCAACUACCAGAAAACAGAAGCAGUGGAAAAAUCACCUAAAAGAUCUGAGUUGUAACCCUAACUUCUGUGUCUUCCUCCUCCUGGUCCCACAUCUAUUCCAUGACUCGCUCGCAGGACCGGGACACACUGCAUGGUGAUUAUAAAAUUGGCGAGAGUUAGCAAUCAUUAUUCACGCACUCCACAGUUGUGAUCGCCAAUAAUGUCAUAGAUUCAGUCCUCCGAUUGACGACAGAUACACACUGACAUCAACGACUCUGUAGCAAGACAAAGUUUACCAUGCAGGCGCAGAAUGUAACGGGGGUAUGUAUUUUCAUGAGGGUGGUCCGUCAAAGGACGCAUCGGUACGAGUCGAUGCAAUCUUACAUGCGAACAUCAGUCGUGUAACAAAAGCUCUUCCGACAAUUGUGCCAUGUUUGACCUUGACCGUAAGAAAUCCUGGAAGCCGAAAGUGUCUUCUUCGUUGGUAUGUGCAUGAUUGAUGCAAAGCUUGGAUUCCAAUGAGAGUGAUUCUAAGAUUCUAUCCGCAUAGGAGGGAUAGCCGACUGACCGAUUGCGAGUCUUCGUGCCAGUCCUCCGCGGCGAUGAAAGCGAAAGAUGGUGUACCAUGGAAUUGCAGUAAAACGGGGAAGAAAUUCCGUGAAUGUGACAUAGGUGCUCGAAGGGUUUGUAGGUUGUGUGUGGAUGGGAGAGGAUCAUGGCGAGGGGUGUUGUGAGGGGACCUACUCUUACUGGAUAAUGGUGGAGAGUGCCAUCAUCGGAUUGGGAAAGACUCGCCAUCAUUCCCAGACUCACGAAUUUAUUGCUGGUCGUUCACUAUUGGGGAGCUUGCUUAAGCCUUGUGCUUAGCACUUUUUAUCAAGCUCUCCCUCCUUCCUCAUCGGGUGGGAUUCACUCUUUCUAUGAAAAGUUGGUCGCAGUGGAUAGCACUAAUGGUGUCUUAAUCCUUCUCGCCACCAGCUAAUCAUUGAUCGUCACUCACUGCAAUUGGAUGAUGGGAAAUCUCUUGUUCACGACACGACCCACGCGCAGUACGAAGACUGGCAGUUGCAACAAAAUCCACCGAAAUUGCCUCGAUAGAAACUUUUGAGAUUGAGAGGAGGGGGUCUUUCUAUCGCAUUGUGGGACGUCGUGCUGAAAAGCGUAUGAACGGGGCACAAGUGUGAUGUAGAGUGCGGCACGUGGGAGUCAGUUUCCAUAAACUUUCGUUGAAAUCUGAGGGAGACUGCUGAAGUGAAGAUGUAUUGAUGCGGGGUUUCUCGACAUCAUUUAACGUCUCCAUUGUGUGUAACGUCAAGACCUGCAUACGAUUUUGGGAUUGGUUUCUGUUCGCCGAGAUCCGAAAGCAUUCUCCUCCUCGGCAAUGGCCAAAAGAGUCUGUUCCGCAGAAUGCACAACUUAAUCCAUCAGCGUGGUAUCCUCCAAUCUCGUCACAGUUACUUACCCCUUUCGCCCAAGCACCUCAAAAAUAGCGGUCUGUAAGGAAGAGCCACUUCGUCGAUUCGUUGGUCGUCAAUUCCAUCGUGUCUUCAUAUCCAUGACAUGUACAGUAACCUGAAUGGAUACCGUUCUGGCUCGUUCUUUGAGGGAAUUUAGAAUGUGGAGCGUCGCUUCCGACAGAAUUAAUGCAUUGCUCAACAUUCACUUCGCGAGUGCUGACGCGAAUUGCGAGGGGCAUGUUGUGGGAUUCCUUGGCGAAAAUUGAACAUCGCUGUGCAUGGGAAGUGAAGAACAGAUUCUUGUUUUCAGUGGUGAGUGAGAUAUUUGACACGCGGGUGUAGAGCUGAGAAGCGGUGUCUUUGCCAUGAUGGACACCAUCGCCGUAGCAAAAGCGAAAAAUUCGUCCCCGCACAGCAUUGCCAGCGAAUGGGAGCAUACUUACCACCCGCUGCCUGACCUGUUCUCUGGCCUCGCAAUUUUGUGGAUGCUCUUGGUAUUCGUAUGGACUCUCAACACCUGGACCAAGCGGCGAUGGCAGACGAGCAAUUUGCAAUGGGUAUUGACUAUAAUUCCGGCGAUGAAGUCUCUUGUGAUGGGCCUCUCCUUCGUCUUCUGGUACUCGUGUUUGCAUCUGAAGACAUGCUCGUUCUGGGUAGCCUUUGGAGUGUUCGUAUCACGAAUCUUCUUCGAGACAGCGUGCUUUGUUACCUUCUUGUUAAUAUCUUACGGUUACUGCAUCAUGCAUGAGCAGCUUUCUCCGACUGAAAGACGGAGCGUUGCCGGCCUAACUUCGCUGUUGUAUCUCACCCUUACUGGUUACAAGGCAGCCGUCCCCCAAUUUGCCAUUCUGGUAGUAUUCAUAUAUGCGGUUCUGCUUUACGUUAUAAUGGCACACAUUGCUCGGAAUUUGUCGCUUCUAAGGGAGCAACUGCAGCAGAUUCAGGCAGAGGGAGUGCAUUUGUUGCAGAAUGCUGUUCACACAAAGUACGCUAUGUUCAGAAAAUUUCAAGGAGCAAUGUUGAUAAUGGUGGUCGCUGAAAUCCUUAUGCACGCCCAACCAGAAAGCGUGUUUAAUGAGUACUGGGUGCGCCUGCUAGUGCGGGAAACUACGGAGAUCGCAAUCUUCUGCUUCAUUGGGUGGACGUUUAGAUCAAGAGAACAGACUCCAUUCUUCAAUGUGAUGCCCACAUCAAACACAUCUGGACAGCGGACCUUGCCUCCAAUUUACAGUGUGGAAAUGAAUGAGAGGCAUUUUAGCAAUUUGGAUUACAAGGAGUGGCACAUCGGAGUGCCAACGUCAAUUUCAAAAACUGGCGACGAAAACAGGCCCAUGCUGGUGAUAGUGCAGAAUCCAGGUGUGUCGGACCUUGCCUUCACAGAUAAAUCUAAAAAUAAACCAGACCUAUCUGGAAAUGUUUUCAAAAUGCCAGUUAAUAUUCAGAGAGCCGGGCCGGAUCCAUCCUCAUCGUUAGUCACUGAGCACGACAGUCAGCAGCUCCAGUCGACGGGAGAUCUUUCUACAAUCGCAGAAUCUGGAAACCGCAGAGACAACCACCUGAGGAUAUUGAGCUCCGACUGUUGCGACUGGGAGCCCAAACUUCGCACGGAUCCUGACGAUCAAGUCAGUGGUGCUGCUGGAUGUCCGGAGGAGGUCACAGUGGAUGUGAAGGGCAUAAAGAGCCACACAUUCCUUCCAUUUGGGAAUUCAUGCUACGACUCGCGAUUGUUACAUUCCAGGUCCAAUUUAAGUAAAAAUUUUCAAGCUAAUUCCCGUGGACGUCAUCAAUCAAACUCCAACUGAUCGACCGCAGAAUAAUUUUGCUGUCGGGAACUCCGUACCUGUAUGAUUCAUUGUGAGAACCAAACUAGCAAGCCAGAUCUGAGUCGCCCAUGUAAACUGAAGAGCCCCAACCUUGUGCACAUCGUUUAGAGCCGAGGCCACUUACUCGCUGACCAUGAGAAACGGUAGUUGUAUAUACCCAAUUAGAUUCUGUUUCCGAAUGCGCAAGAUGACUCACAGACGAUACAAGAGCUGCUCUUACUGGUAGAGCAGUUCAAUAAUGAAGCAAUAAAGUUGUGAGGUGUACACCAUAAGCAUCCACAUAGACGUAAUGAUAGAGCUGCAGCUUUAGUCACCCGCCUGCGGGAUGAACCUCACCAACAUUGAACAGUUGCACCAGUGAUUUAUCCAAAGUACCUACACGAUAGCCAAGAGAAUAUGUGCACAUGUAUCUCCAUUGUACAACCGAAGUGACUGUAAUCACAACCCUGUGCGCAAAACUAUUACAACAAA